CGCGUUGGCGUCGCCCUCCUCCCAUUGAGCGAGGCUGUGUCGCGUGGCCCAGCGUCGGCGUGACGGUUGGACGCGGGCGCGGCACUGCGGGUCCCGAUUGCUGCAGCCGCUUGUCAGUGUGAUGAAGAUUGGCACCCAGGCCGCAGAACCUGCUCCUCUCCGUCUGCUCCAUUUCAGGACAUGCGGCUCUGCUCUGCUGGUUGCUCAGACACCAUUUGCUUUUGACUCAAGAUGAUGUGAUGUUUUAUUAUAAAACUCAUUAACCAUGAUGGCUACACAGACAUUAAGCAUAGACAGCUAUCAAGAUGGGCAACAAAUGCAAGUAGUAACAGAGUUAAAAACGGAGCAAGAUCCCAACUGCUCUGAACCUGAUGUGGAAGGAGUGAGCCCCCCACCUGUGGGGUCCCAGACACCAAUGGAUGCGGACAAGCAGGCCAUUUAUAGGCAUCCACUGUUUCCAUUAUUAGCUUUGUUGUUUGAAAAAUGUGAACAAUCUACGCAGGGCUCAGAAGGCACAACUUCUGCCAGUUUUGAUGUAGAUAUUGAAAAUUUUGUAAGGAAGCAAGAGAAGGAAGGAAAACCCUUCUUUUGUGAAGAUCCGGAAACUGACAAUUUAAUGGUAAAAGCAAUCCAGGUUUUGCGUAUUCAUCUUCUUGAGCUGGAAAAGGUUAACGAACUGUGCAAAGAUUUCUGCAGUCGAUACAUUGCUUGUCUAAAAACGAAAAUGAACAGUGAGACUCUCCUGAGCGGAGAACCUGGAAGCCCGUAUUCCCCCGUGCAGUCCCAGCAGAUUCCAAGUGCCAUCUCAGGCACUCUCAGCCCCCAAGGAAUCGUGGUUCCAGCAUCUGCGCUGCAACAGGGGAACGUAACCAUGGCAACAGUGGCAGGUGGCACAGUGUAUCAACCUGUCACAGUUGUCACUCCUCAAGGCCAAGUAGUGACACAAGCGUUGUCACCUGGCACAAUCAGGAUCCAGAACUCCCAGCUUCAGUUACAGUUAAACCAAGAUCUAAGCAUCUUGCAUCAAGAUGAUGGCUCAUCUAAGAAUAAAAGGGGCGUUCUGCCGAAGCACGCUACCAAUGUGAUGAGAUCUUGGCUCUUUCAGCACAUAGGGCAUCCCUACCCGACAGAAGAUGAGAAAAAACAGAUUGCUGCUCAGACAAAUUUGACUCUACUCCAAGUUAACAAUUGGUUCAUCAAUGCCAGAAGACGGAUUCUUCAGCCCAUGUUGGAUUCUAGUUGUUCAGAAACUCCAAAAACUAAGAAGAAAACUGCUCAGAACAGACCGGUCCAGAGGUUUUGGCCUGACUCCAUUGCCUCCGGAACUGCGCAGCCGCCACCCAGCGAGCUGGCCAUGUCGGAAGGAGCCGUUGUGACGAUCACCACGCCCGUGAGCAUGAAUGUGGACAGCCUCCAGUCUCUGUCCUCAGAUGGCGCCACGCUGGCAGUGCAGCAGGUCAUGAUGGCGGAACAGAGCGAGGACGAGUCUGUGGACAGCACGGGGGACGGUGGGGCCGCACUCGCCCCCACCCACAUCAGUGGCCUGGUGCUGGAGAACAGCGACUCCCUGCAGUAGGGGGCCAGCGCGGCCCAGAACCGUGGGGCGGGCUGGCCUGACUUUUUAUAGUUUGCACAGCAAACAUUUUACACAGUUUUAUUUCUAAUAUGUUUUAUAUGUAGAUAGAGAAGAGUGCACUUUUGUAUUUCAUAGUAUGCUUCAAGAGCACCUUUGCUGGUGCAGCGACUUCUUUCAAGUGUGUGCGUGCGUGUGUGUGCGGGUUUUUAAGGAAAUUCUUUAAAGGUUUAACGCUAAAAAUGUGAUGAAUGACAAACACCCCUGUGAGCCCCUAAUUAGAUUAAGGAAUAGUGUUGCCAUUUUCUAAAAAAUUAUGCAGUUUUAAUUUAGUUCUGUGGUUGAAGCAGGUCUCAGUGGGCUGAUUUCUUUGUGUGGCCCAUGGAUUUGAAAGAAGCUUCUGCAUCUUAAAGCUGCCGGCGCGAGGCAGACACCGCACAACAAUAAAGUAGGCGUGACUCCGUGGUGGGCGUGCGGCGUCUGAAUACGCUUAGGUUCUCACACAUUCCGUGAGCCUGUUUCAUUUGCUAUAGAUAAAAAGAAAUUCCUAUUUUUACCUUGCUGGAAUUAUUGGAUAAAAAAGCUAUUUUUAUAAAUUCGUUAUGAAUUGGAUUAUGACUAUGUUGAGGAUAAAAUUUCUAGAGAAGAAACAAUACAUGCUUAUUAUUUCGAUUUGGAAUGUUCUGAACCGACCAAAUUUAGUGAACCUGCCCCAAGUUAGCUAGCAUUCCAUGGUUCUCUGCCAUCCCAGGGUAGUGAUUUAUAUUUACUACUAUGAAAGAAACAACUGUUGAAUGAAAUUUUGAUACCUGCAAAUUUUAGUUAAUA